CGAAUUCAACUGAGAAUUUGGAUCUUCGGCAAGGGGCCGGCGGUAGGCAGGGGGCAAGUCCAGCAGCCUGGACGGAGUCUGGAGACCAUUCAGGAUGGAGACUCAAUGGAAGAGACAGUCCUCCUCAUUCUGGCUGCUCAUUCUGGGGAUAUUUGUUCUGACAAAGACCCAGGCAGAGCUUCACAGCCUGGAGAUACAGUUAACUGUGAUGACCUCUCCUGGGAGCCCUCCACACAUCUUCCUCAAUGUCUGCUUGGAUGACCAUCUGAUAGUCUCCUAUGACAGUCUCAGUAAGGAUCUGAUCUCUAAGUUGGAUAGAGUCAAUGCACCCAUGCAGAACUUUCUGGUCCGGCAGAACCGAGAAGAACUGUUGGGAUUAGAGGUGGAGGUCCAUCAGAUCCUCAAGGACAGGAUGAAGUAUUACAACUGGACCGAGGGGACCCACACAGGGCAGGCUCUUAUGAGCUGUGAGACUGACAGGGGCAUCCUUGUGAAUAGCCGAUUGGGUGUUGCCUUUGAUGGUGAAGAUAUCUGCCACCUGGAUAUGAAGCAAGGACAAUGGAUAGUCAUAACAAAAGAGGCUGAGGAUUUCUGUCCAUAUUGGAAGGAUGCCUUCUGGGACAAGGCAAUGAAAGUGGAUUGUCCCUUUUUCCUAAAGAUUCUCUUGCAAAUUGUGCACCUGAAGGAAAAAACACCCCCUGAAGUGACUGUAUCCCGCCAUCACACUUCCAACGGCAGCAUCAUCUUCUCCUGCUCGGCCAUGGGUUUCUACCCUCGUUCCAUCCUUCUGCGCUGGGAGAAGGAUGGGCAGCUGGGUGCCUGGGGGCAAGAGAGCUCCAGUGGCACCUUGCCCAAUGCUGAUGCCACCUACUACCUCCAUGUUACUUUGGAAUUGCCACCAGGGGAUACAGGAAAAGGUUAUGCCUGCCUGGUUGAGCAUAGUGAGCUGGAGAAGCCAACUGUGUAUCCUGUCCCUGGAGAGACAAGCAGGGGAAGUCUCUGGGCCGUAGCCCUGGUUACCACAGCAGUUGCUAUCCUUGUGCUGAGCUCAUUGGCAGCUUUUAUCACACGGAAAAAGAAGAAGACAGGGAGGACCCCACUAAGUCAACUGGAGUGUUCAUUCUCACCUCUUUCUUCAUCUACUGUUCGGUAGGAGAAGACUGAGGGAGGCCCCCCCCCCAUAUGCCCUGAGCCAAGCAUGGUGGCUGAUAGAUACUUCCCCAUGAGCUAAUGACAACGAUGACAGCACACAUUUCUCUGGUGCAUUAUGGUUUAUAAAACAAUUUUCUCACAUGGCACGCAGUGCGACAAGCAUUCUCUCCCUUUUACAGCUGAGGACACUGAGACCAGAAAGGUGAAAUGACUUGCCAAAGGCAAUUAGAAUUAGAACCUGAGCCUAGGUCUUCUGGUUCUAGAUCUGGUGAUUUCCCCCCAUCAUAACAAGUCCUGUCUUA